UAUUUCACUGGAUGGCAGCCAGAGCAGAAACCAUUUUCUGUGAGGGGGUUGGACAUUGCAGUACACGCAUGAAACUUCAAUAGUAAGGAACUUUAAACAGGAUUGUGAAGGAUUGCAGUAAUUGUAGUUAGAAGCAGUGAAGAAGCUUUAGGUUCUGUAGAGGGUAAAAGGGUAGUUGUGGAAGGAAGGUGCCACUCAACACAGUAAGGGAAUACGUCCUCUCAGAAGAAAAAUCCAGUUAAUCUCCCUUCAGAACUUUGGCAUCUGCUUUCAUGGUGUGAUAUGUUAACACUGGGCAUUAUUGUUAUCCUCACUCUUCUGCUGCUGGAUUUUGUGAAGCGCAGGAAAACAUGGCGGAAUUUCCCUCCUGGCCCUCCCUCCAGACCCUUUGUGGGGAACAUGCUGCAGCUAGAUGUUUCCUACCUCCAUGACAGCUAUACCAAGCUCAGUAAAAAGUAUGGAGAUGUGUUCAGCCUGCAGUUUUUUUGGCAAAAUAUGGUGGUGCUGAAUGGGUUUGAAGUAAUAAAAGAAGCUCUGUUCCAGAAGUCUGAAGACAUAGCAGAUCGGCCUACAUUUCCUCUUUAUGAAGCACUUGGGUUAACUGGAAAUUCCAAAGCUGUUGUUAUCGCGCAUUACGGCCCAGCUUGGAAGGAGCAGAGAAGAUUCUCUAUAAGUACGCUAAGGGACUUUGGAAUGGGAAAGAAAUCCCUGGAGGAGAACGUGGUGGAGGAAGCUGGGUUCCUAUGUUCUGCCUUCCAGUCUGAACAAGGUCGUCCAUUCAACCCUCACUACAGUAUUAAUACAGCAGUCAGUAAUAUCAUCUGCUCCAUCGUUUUUGGUGAUAGGUUCGAAUAUGAUGACGAAAAGUUCCAAAAACUUCUGCGUCUCCUUGAUGCAGCCUUGAAAGCAGAAUCUGGAUUUUUUACACAGAUAGUGACCGCAGUUCCUUGGUUGUCUAAAAUCCCAGGUGUGACCAAGAAGGUUUUCCAGCCUCAGAUACGUAUUUUUGCAUAUCUCAAAGAACUUGUUGAUGAGCACCGCAGAACAUGGGACCCCGAGUACAAAAGAGAUUUUAUAGAUGCCUUUUUGCUGGAGAUGGAAAAGGCCAAAGGAGACAGUGAGACCAGCUUUAAUGAAAACAAUCUUCUGUAUACGCCAGUUGACCUUUUUAGUGCUGGCACAGAAACUACAACUACUACACUUAGGUGGGCUUUACUGUACAUGCUGCUGUAUCCAGAAGUCCAGAGGAAGGUCCAAGAGGAAAUUGAUCAAGUGAUUGGAAGAAACAGGAAGCCUGCUAUGCUCGAUGUAUUGAAUAUGCCUUAUACCAAUGCUGUUAUCCAUGAGAUUCAGAGGUGUGGUGCUGUGCUCCCUCUCACUUUACCACAUAUGGCGUAUAGAGACACAGAAAUCCAAGGCUAUUUCAUCCCAAAGGGAAUGGUUGUUAUGAUAAACCUGUUCUCUGUUCUAAAAGAUGAAAGAGUCUGGAAAAAACCAUAUCAGUUUUAUCCUGAGCACUUUCUGGAUGAGGAGAGAAAAUUUGUAAAGAAAGAAGCAUUUGUGCCAUUUUCUGCAGGACGGCGGUCUUGCCUGGGCGAGCAGUUGGCCAGGAUGGAAAUUUUUCUCUUCUUUACGACUCUCCUACAAAGCUUAACAUUUCUGAUUCCAGACAAAGAGCCUCGUCCGCGGGAAGACCCUCUAUCUGUAUUUACACUGAGCCCACACUCUUUUAAUGUCUGUGCUAAAAUGAGAUAGGAUAUUGAUCUGUUCUUUGUUUGCUUCUUCAUAUGAAAAAUCUGAGGUGCACUCUGGGAUUUGGGGAGUUAUGGGGUUUAUACUGUAAUGUUACUUCUCAUCAUGUCUUCUUUAUGUCCUGCUGUAAACAUUUCCAUGAGCACAAAUCUUUUCACAACCUAAAGAGAAUAUAUAGGAAAAAGGAACCUACUUGCCAUUCUCUAUAUUGAGAUUAACAGAAGGACUGGGAAAAUCCUUGGAAUCCAUAAUUACAAUGAGGAGGACAAUGCAAUUGAGCAAUCACAAUAUAUAUUAUUUAGUUGCUGAUGUCAGUGACAACUUAUAGUUUGGAAAUAGGUAGAC